UGGAGUUAUAUUGUGUUGUUUAAGUGUUCCCUUUAUUUUUUUUGAGCAGUAUAGAUGGCUUACCUUUAUUUAAAAGUUCUAAACUACAGUUUUGGCCCAUACUUUGAUGUCUGACAUGUGACUACACAAAGUCCCCAUUUGUUGUUGGUAUGUUUUGUGGUCUAAGCAAGCCAGUGGGCGUUUUUGAGUACCUGGAUCAGUUUGUCAAAGAUCUUCAGAAUGUAUUGUCUAAUGGCAUUAUGUAUAAUGCUAAGCAAUUUAAUGUAGAGAUUUAUGCCUUUAUUUGUGAUGUGCCGGCAAGAGCUUAUAUUAAGCAAGUCAAAGGAUUCAAUGUCUUUUCAGGUUGUGACAAAUGCUUUCAGGAGGGUGUAUGGAUGAAUAAAAUGACAUUUCCUGAAACAAAGCAUAAACUUAGGACAGACUCCAGUUUCUCUGACAUGGUUGAGGGACAUCACAUUGGGAAGAGCCCUUUAUCUGGUUUAGUUAAAAUGGUUUCUAUGUUUCCACCAGAUUACAUGCAUCUCUGUUGUCUUGGAGUUACAAGGAAAAUGCUUCAUAUAUGGUUAAAGGGGAAACAUUUGGCAACAAAGGUUCCUUCCCAAACUGUAGCAACCAUUUCCGAUAAACUCCUAAAGCUGCGUUUCUACACGCCUUCUGAGUUUAACCGUAAACCAAGGGGACCGUCAGAGAUGGAUCGGUGGAAAGCUACCGAGUUCCAAUCCUUCAUGUUAUUUUGGGGUCCUGUUUAGAAGGAUUCACUCCCCAGUGAGCUGUAUGACAACUUCAUGUUUUCUGUUGGAAUGUGCAUGUUGCUGUCCCCUAGUAUAUCUGAGGAAAUGUUAGCCUUUGCACAAAAGUUGAUGGUUGCUUUUGUUGAACACUUUGGGGCAUUACACGGAAAAGAUGAAAUUGUGUACAACAUACACCAGCUUACUCAUUUGGCUGAGGAAUACAGGAGGUUCAGCAAUCUAGAUAAUCUAUCAGGAUUUCCUUCUGAGAAUUGUCUUAGUCAAAUUAAGCAUCUUCUACGCAAGCCACAUCAGACACUACAACUGGUAGUUAAAAGGUUGUCUGAAACCUCACAUGUUGGAUCCACAUGUUCUAGAGAUUAUCCAAAGUUGCUUAACAUCCACAUUGAUGGUCCAGUCCCCACACAGUUUAUUUCUUCACAACAGUACAGGAAGGUCUCCACUCAUCGGUUUACUUUGUCCACAAAGAAAGGAGACAAUUGUGUUGAAGUUAGAGAUGGAUUUGCAUUAGUAGAGAAUAUUGUUAAAUCAGAAGAGAAUGCAUAUAUAAUUUCCAGAAUGUACAGACACAAACAGCCAUAUUACAUGUAUCCCUGUGAAUCAUCAUUCAUUGCCACAUACAAAGUCAGUGGCUUGAAAGAAAAUAUAGGGGUAGGUAGACUGGCCUCCAUCAAGCACAAAUGCCUUCGCUGUCCAGACGGGGAUGGUGCCAUUGUAAUACCACUACUUCAUUUAGCAUAGUCAUGCUGCCCUAUCAAAGUGCAAGCCAAAGACAAAGUGCAGUAUCUGUAACUGAGAUGUAUAUCAUGGCAUAAAUUACCUCACAAAUAACAUCAAAUUAUUACCUGUGCAAAUAACAUGUUUGGCUGGCCAAAAACUACAAUGUCUGUAGUGCGCUUUGGCUUUGAAGAAUGAAAUGGGGAUGACCUGUAAGAAUAUAUCAUUAUGAGUAGUUCUCAUUUCAUCCCUAGCCCUUCGAAGAUGAAUAGAGAGGUGGUACUGUGGUCGGUUGUACAGUUCCCACACGGUGAAACAGCAGUAGUUCUAGAGAGCUGGUUUAAAGCUGAGGAACAGACACUGUCAUGGCCCCCAAAACACAUAACACUCAAAAAAGCCCUUCGAGAUGGAAUGCAACCAGAUGACAAAUGGAUCACCUAUAAGGAUGUACGAGUCCUUACUACGUGUGAGACCCUUGAUGAGGCGAAAAAACGAGAGACAAAGUACAACACAACUAUGUGUCCAACCUCUGAAAUGAAAUCUCAUGAUGAAGGAGCUCUCCGCCAAAAAAGAAUAUCCAGGCCAAAUCAGCAAUUUAUGCAUUCUGAUCCUGAAGACCACCAGAGUAGCAGUGCAAAAAGAAAGCGUUUUGCCAAACCACCUGGUGUUGGAUGUCCAGGCCCAACCUCAAACUUGAGCCAGUCUUAUACGGUCCUAAAAUCUGCCCAACCUCCAACUCUGCAGAGACUAGGUCUAGAGCGUGCAGUAAAUGGCCUACCCUUUUCAGAAUCAUCUGAUGGCAUGUUCUACAGCAAUGUAGAAGAGUUGCAGACUCCUGAUGAAAGCAACACUGAGAUGCCAGGUUUUGCUACAGCCUGUGCCCAAUACCACCAGUUGCAGAAUCCACAGCGACAAAGUACAAGUAGUGGGUUGUCUGGAUGCAGCUCAAGGCGGUAUAACCAUCUUCCUGGUCUCUCACAAUGUGCACAAAAUAGGCCACCAUUGGAUUUCUCACCAACAAACUCCCACCAGAAUGAUGUAUUGGAUUCAGCGCCUAAUCAAGGUUGCAAAGACGCAACCACACAAAGGGCCAGCGAUAAUGGGCAGCUUUUGAAAGACCUUGCUAUCCAUAAUAUGACAUCGAUGCUUGCUGAAGUGCUAGUUAUGGUCAAGGAUCUGUCCAGAGAUGUCCAAUUCAUCAAGAACAAUUUGGCUCAGAGUAACAUUACACCAGGUGGUACCAGAGGACCAGCAAACCUUGUGCUCCCCUUCCAGCUGCCAAUUGCCAGUGAAGAAGAUUUCAGUAAAGCAGAGUCAUUACUGAUUGAAGAGACAGUGCGUCAAAAGAUGAUUGCUCGGCUGGCUCUAGUAGGAGGCACAGAUUCAGCCAACAUGAUAAGAAGAAUGUUGACGACUUGUAUGACAAAUGCCCUGGCAAGUCAUUUCAACUGGGCUGGGAAAAACCAUAGGUGUUCCCAGAGUAAAAAGCCAUUCAAGGACACAAUCCUGCAAGAGUGCCUAUUAGCUGCUGCUCGCCAGUUUGAACCAAGGCUAACUGACCAAAAUUAUAGCGAAACUGUAAAGAAAUGGUUUCGCUAUGCGCCAGACCGGGAGGGAGGCAUUGAAAGGCAACCAAAGGGACGGCAAGAAGACUGAAAUGAAAUAAAAUGUCUAAG